AUGACCUCCACAACAACAUCAAAAUCUUCUGCCACAAAACUCCUGCUGACCGAUGCCUACCGUACGGCGAUCGCCGCGGUACAGCCGUCAUCGCUGAUCAGCACCGCCGUACAGCUGGACCCAGCCUCAGGCGUCCUCAAAGUCACCGACCAGCUGACCAAAAGUUCGAUCACCACUGUAGAACUUCCGGGACGGAAUGUUUUUAUCAUCGGCGCCGGAAAGGCGGUCCUCGGCAUGGCCACCGAGCUGCUGCGAAAGGUGGAGGAGUUCAAUAGUAACAAUAACAAUGCACUUCAAAACCAAAACCAAAACCAAAAUCAGAAAAAGGUGAUCAUCACCAUCUCCAAAGGUCAACUGAACAUUCCACACGGAAGUGAGGUGAACGAUGAAGACAAAAAUCUACUAAAUCGAAAUUCGAUCACCCUCUGCAAAGGUGCCAAAAAUAAUUUACCCGAUGACGACUCGGUGGCCGCCACCAGGUCAAUUUUGGAGCUGAUUAAGGAGGCAAAAAAACUGCCAAACAACUCCUCUAAAACUCCACCGCUGAUUUUAGCCUUCAUUUCCGGCGGUGGCUCCGCCCUUCUCUCAUUGCCACGCCCACCAGCCACUCUGUACGACAAGCAGAAGGUCAUUUCCGGUCUGGUGAGGGCCGGAGCGGACAUUGUCGCCCUCAAUUCAGUCCGAGGACGGCUGAGCAAGGUGAAACAUGGCCAACUGGCGGAGCUGAUCAUUUCAGAUCAGGGGCCUAAAGGUCAAGCUCUGGAGCUGGUCACUUUCAUUGUCAGUGACAUUAUCGGCGACCCGAUUGACAAGAUUGCCAGUGGACCAACGGUGGUUUUAGAAGAUUCAAAAAAUCAAGAUUCUAUUUCUCCGCUUGAAGUGCUGCAGCAGUUCAACGUCCCGGUGGAGGAUAAAAUACGGCAGCUGCUAACAGUUGAAAAUACUGAUUUAAAUAAAGCUCGAAAGGUUCUAAACCAAAACCUUCUUCAAAAUGUUCUCAUCGGCAACAACGCCAUCGCAGUGGCUGCUGCUGAAAAGGUGAUAGUUCAAAAAUCAUCAUCAAAAAAGAACUUUAAAGUAGUCGUUCAAGGAUCGGCAGUUUGUGGAGAAGUGAAGGAAGUGGUGGCAAAAUUUAUCACUGACCUAGAAGAUCAAGGAAAGGAAACUCAAAAAGAAGGACUUUUUGCAGGAGUUUGCCUGCUGGCAGGCGGUGAGACGACCGUCGAUAUGAAGGACGCUAAGGAGAUUG